GUGCGAGUCCAUGCGCGGCGGCAAGGGCAACAAGGCCCUCUUCAAGCUGGAGGACCACCUGGCGUCCGAAGCUGCGCAGCGGGCGCGAAAGCGCAAGGCGGCGCCGAAGGCCACGGCGGCGCCGAAGCCCAAGCCCACGGCGGCGCCGAAGCCCAAGCCCAGGGCGGCGCCGAAGGCCAAGCCCAGGCGGGGGGGCGGGCGCGGGGGGCACAGGUGA